UUAUCCAAACACACGACGAUAUCAGUGGUGUCCCCACGUUUCUUGCCUUUUUUUUUCCGAGAGUUGCGAGCCCUAUCGUCCGUCCAGUCUCGAUCAUACGGAUGAUACUGACCAAUUGAGUCUUAGAGGGCACAUCUCAUCAUCAGCCGCCUUUCUCGGUGUAUCGCGCGUCGCCGCACCAAUAAGCGCGCCUCCGGAUUCUUAACUCCCUCGUCGCUGGUUGCGGGCGGGCCCUCCGCGAAUCCUCCUCCUCCUCUUCGCUUCUCGAUUUGGUUUCUAAUCUCUCUGGUUCGUCUAAUUCUCUUCUUCCUUUCGAGUUCGUGAGGUUCUCAGAUCGAAUGGGAGCGGACCACCGCAAGCGAUUCUUGUCCUCGUCCCGUUGUUUGACGGCUUAUGGGGUCGAUUGGUUUGCGUUUGAUGGGAAGAAGGAUCUUGGAUUUCUAGUUUCUGCCGUUUUUUAGGGCGCGCAGCAUUAAAAUUGUUCUUCUGAGGAAUUAUCGAGUGGGCUUUCUUCUAAAAGAGUUAUCUUUUUGAUCGCCCGGGCUGAAAAUCACUUAAAAUAGGGAUAAAAACUGCGGCUUUUUUGGCUUUUGGGAUUGUUCAAAUGUUCUAUUGACCAUUUGGAUUAUACCCGGAAGCUAGGAGAGUUUAGGGCAGAAGACAUGUAUCUUAGUCAAUGAAGAUGACGGAGCAAUUCUAUCCGAGUCUCUUGUCUUAUUCGCCACCCAUAUGGGCCACACUGAUUGCUGGUCUCUUUGUAGUCAUCUCCCUGACACUGUCCAUGCUUCUAAUAUUCAAUCAUCUUUCGGCAUAUAAGAAUCCUGAGGAGCAGAAGUUUCUGAUUGGUGUCAUCCUAAUGGUCCCUUGCUAUGCUGUUGAGUCGGUGGAAGAGUUUUAUGGAAGAGAACUUUGUCCAGAUGUAAAUACAUAUGUAUCACUGGUGAAUCCAUCAAUUAGUGUUGAUUGUGAGAUCCUCCGUGAUUGUUAUGAGGCCUUUGCCAUGUAUUGCUUCGGAAGAUAUCUAGUUGCUUGCCUGGGUGGGGAAGAGAGAACAAUUGAGUUUUUGGAGAGGCUGGGUGGUUCGUGUUCCUCCGCCCCCCUAUUGCAGCAUGCUUCUGAAAAGGGAGUUAUAAAGCAUCCUUUUCCAAUGAAUUAUAUUCUAAAUCCAUGGAAACUUGGCGAAUGGUUUUAUCAGCUUAUUAAGAUUGGAAUUGUUCAAUAUAUGAUAAUAAAGACAGUCACUGCCAUUUUAGCUGUGGUUCUUGAAGCUUUCAAUGUAUAUUGUGAAGGAGAGUUCAAAUUGAAUUGCGGGUACCCUUACAUGGCUGUGGUUCUUAAUUUCAGCCAAUCAUGGGCAUUGUAUUGUUUAAUUCAAUUCUAUACUGCAACGAAGGAUGAACUGGCUCAUAUGAAACCAUUAGCCAAAUUUUUGGUAUUCAAGUCAAUUGUUUUUUUGACUUGGUGGCAAGGUAUAGCAAUUGCACUUCUUUAUAGCUGGGGUUUGCUCAAAAGCCCUAUAGCUCAAGGAUUACAAUUAAAGUCAAGUAUUCAGGACUUCAUUAUUUGUAUAGAGAUGGGUGUUGCUUCUGUUGUUCAUCUCUAUGUUUUCCCUGCCAAGCCAUAUGAAAUAAUGGGGGAAUGCUUUCUGGGAAGCGUCUCAGUUCUUGGAGACUAUGCAUCUUUGGAUUGCCCUUUGGACCCUGAUGAGGUUAGGGACAGUGAACGGCCUACAAAGCUUAGACUUCCCCAGCCUGAUGUCAAAAGUGGAACAACAACUAUAAGAGAAAGUGUGCGAGAUGUUGUCAUUGGAGGAGGAGAAUAUAUUGUAAAUGAUUUGAAGUUCACAGUCAGCCAUGCGGUGGAGCCCAUGGAGAAGGGCCUAACAAAAUUCAAUGAGAAGCUUCACAAGAUCUCUCAAAACAUAAAAAAGCAUGAAAAGGAGAGAAAGAGAGUCAAAGAUGAUAGUUGUAUCGGUUCGUCAUCACCAACAAGGAGAGUCAUACGUGGAAUAGAUGAUCCGCUGUUGAAUGGAAGUGUUAGUGAUAGUGGGGCCUCCAGGGGAAGAAGGCACCGUAGGAAAUCAGGUUAUACCAGUGCAGAAAGUGGGGGAGAAAGCAGUGAUCAUGGUCAUGGCGGUUACGAAAUUCGGGGGCGCAGGUGGGUUACAAAGGAUUGAAGGUGGCCGUGGCAGUAAAUCCAGUCCUCUGCAUGGACAAGGUGCUUGCUGGUUGGUCUAAGCACGGAGCAUCAGCACCAGGGGUUGCAGAGAGAUUCUAAUCGCAUUCUCCAUCAUAACCCUGCAAGUGAAGGUUCUUGGUCUUUUCUUCGCACCAGUGUUAGGCAAAUUUAGAUAUGCCUAGCGGAAGAUUUGUAUAUAUACCUAGAUUCAUCAGAGCUCCCUGGGUGGAGCAAAAAGAAAUGGCCACAGCUCCAUCAAUGCUCUGGUGCAGAAUUCAUUCAGAGAGAUCGACACCUUUGGGAGGGUUCUAUUGAUCGAAAAAUCUUCCAUGUAAUGAGGAGACCCAGCAAGCUUAUGUAUCCCAGUGGCACUUGUUGUAAGGGUAAGGGAUGUUGUAAAGUUUCAAUUUCCACCAGCAAUUACAGGUACUGGUUGCCUGCUCUUUUGGGUUGUUUUGAUGACAUCCAGCAGGAUUUCUUGAAAAUAUAGCGAGUACCAUGAACAUAUUGAAUUUGAGUACUACCAGGUUGUUACUGUCGAGAUGGUAAGAUUGGCCACCCCAGUAUGUUUCAACAACCUGUCAGAUAUGAA